CUCUCUCUCUCUCUUAAUUUUUUUUAGAAGAUAGAUAAGACGCCAUUAAAGUUCCAGAGAACCUGAAACAUCAGAUCUCUUUUCAGACGAUACGAACUCCUGGAGAAUCCAAAUUAUUUGAUCUGAUAAGGAACCUGGUUGCGAUGUCAGUGGUUCUCGAUUCUGUAUACAAAUCGUGGAGCACAGUACAUGUGGUGUUUUGGAAAAAACUUUUUUGUAUAUAUCCUUUGCUUCAGAAGUCUUGAUGUCGGAUAAAUCUUGGGGAGAAGUAUGAACAUUGUUAAAGGUGUUGCUGACCUUCUUAGAAAAACCUCUACUGUCAAACAUGAAGAAUCUGGUUCCUGGCCACAGGCAGAGAGUUUCUCUGCUCCCCGUACAAAGAUCUGCUUCAGUGAAGUUGGUGAUGAGGCAAUUCUGAACACACUUUGGAGGAGACAUCAGAAUGCCAUUGAUAAGGUGGAAAAGAGGAAGUUGUUUAAUGUUUUCCUCAAGCAGUUCGUUCUUAUAUACAAGAACUGGGAACCUGUGCAUUCUUGUCAGUUGGUGGAAGCUUCUUCAUCUACCCUCCAUACUGGGGAGCAUUCAUCAGGAUUUGAUGUAGUUGUUGGCUGCUCAGAUGGGCAUCCGGCUGAAAUUAUACUUACCUUAAGUCAGGAGGUUGCACAAUUGACUUCUUUUGUGACUGAACUAAACAACAAUACAACAGAAUCUAUACAAGACCUGUCGGGUGGUUCAUUUAGUAUGAGUAUCAUUGCCGAAAGCUUCCCUCUUUUACAUGCGCUCUCAAUUGUAGUUCGCUCAAUGCACAAUUGUAAAGUUUUUGGCUACUAUGGAGGGAUACAAAAGCUUGCAGUACUAACUAAAGCUGCAGUUGUCCAACUUAAGAAGGUUACAGGUGCACUUGCUGCUGACGAAGGUCUAUCCAAUCUUACCGUUGAUAAGAUCAAAGUGUUGCAGAAGAUACUUGUAUAUGUGGUUUCAAUAAUUUUCUGUUUCAUUAAUUUAAACUCAAAUGUAUAUGAGAAGGCUCAGUUGCAUGCCGAUAGUUUGAAUUCUUCUGUUCCAAUGAGAAGUGCAUGUUUGAGUGACCCUUCAACUGGUUUGAAGAGCUGUAUUUCUGAAACGUGGUUGGAGUGGCAUCAGAAGGCAGUUGUAUCAGUAAUGGAAGCUGGUGGCUUAAAUUGGUUAGUAGAGCUGUUGCGUGUCAUCAGAAGAUUGAAUAUGAAAGAACAGUGGACUGAUAUUUCUCUUCAUUAUUUGACUUUGAGAACUCUUCAGUCAGCACUAUUUGAAAAUCCUCGUGGUCAAAAUCAUUUCAGAAGUAUUGGCGGACUUGAAGUUCUUUUGGAUGGCCUUGACCUUCCAUCAGAUAAUGCAUUAUCAUCAAAGAUUACCUAUCGUGCUGAAAAAGACAGAAAAGAAAAUCCCUAUAUGGCUAUGUUUGGGCUUCAACUUCUCUCUUUAGAAGUCCUAAGGGAGGCAGUCUUUGGGAAUUUGAACAACUUACAAUUUCUUUAUGAAAACGGAAGAGUGCAUAAACUUGUACAUAGCAUAUGCUGGCCUGCUUUCAUGGUUCAAGAGCUCAGACAGCGGAGUAUCGACUCAUCUCUACUGGCUGAUCUUCACAUGCCUGUUCUGGAAUCCAGAGAGGAGAUUCUUGUAACAGUCUCUCCAACAGGGUCUCUUGUUCCUUUUGACGAUGAUGUUUCUUAUACUCAAUAUCUGAAAGAUUAUGCUUCUAAGUUAAGUAGUGUACUUUGUUCUUUCCUUCUGGCGCCUGAAGAUAUUCAGUUGGAUAAUGUCCAAGCAUCUGUUGGUCAGACUGCUGUGGCAGUUUCUCCAGUAUAUUGGGAGCUCUCUAUAAAAUGGAUCAUGGAGGUUCUUCUUACAGUGUUCCCUUGCAUGAAGGCUUACUCUACUCAGGAUGAGCUGCCAGGGCAUUUAAGGGUUUUGGUCAAUACAUUAGAACAUUGUGUUCUUUAUGCAUUCAGAAGGGUUCUUGUUUCUUCACCACCAUUACUUGAAGUAUUUCGGGAAGAGGGAAUAUGGGACCUUAUUUUUUCUGAGAAUUUUUUCUACUUUGGUCCAACUUCAGGUGAAAGCUCUAGGGAACUCAUGACAGAUAUAAAGGGGGUUCCUAGAUAUUCUGAACUAUGUUCUACCUCUGGUUCCACUCCCAAUCAAGUCAAGUUGGGUGAAGUUGAAAUUCUUCAAAUGGAGGUGAUUUCUUUUGUGGAGUUUGCUGCAACAUUUAGUGGGAGUUCACAUAACUUGCCUGAAUGUUCUGUUUUGUUAGAUGCACUUGAACAAUCUGCAUGUCAACCUGAGAUUGCUAUUGUUCUUGUGAGGAGCUUACAUCGUAUCCUAAAGCUUGCAACUGAGAAGACUGUUGCUUCUUUCAAGACAUUGAAUGCAAGUUUGAGGGUGCUCAAAGUCGCAUCCAUUCAAUCCCAAAAAUUCAGAAGAUCUGGAUGCAUAAGCCCUCUUGUUGAGGUUCAAAUAACGAAAGGUGUUGUGCCACAAAAUUAUCAAGGCAAUAGUUCAAUUGUGAGAGCUCCAAGUUGGCUUAAAUGCAUGAACACUGCCUUCGAGCUCUUUACUGAGUAUCUAUCAGUAGUAGAUGAUUCAAAGAGUUUGGUUUUACAUAACUCUUCAUCUAUUGAUUGUUUAUUUGAUUUGUUCUGGGAAGGAGAGUUGAGGAAGCAAGUGCUGACACAUAUUCUUGAUCUGAUGAAGGUGUCUCCAUCUUCCAAAGAAGAUCAAGUAGCACUGUUGCGUUUAUGCUCUAAAUAUUUAGAGAUUUUUACUUCUGUAAAGGAACGGGAAAAGAACUUCGCAGAAUUGUCAAUUGAUCUAUUGGUUGGUAUAAGAAAUAUGAUUUUGAGUGAUCAAAUGUAUUAUCAGACCUUAUUCCGUGAUGGAGAAUGCUUUUUGCACAUUGUCUCUUUAUUAAAUGGCAAUCUUGAUGAGGGUAGUGGAGAGAAGUUGAUCCUGAAUGUUCUUCAAACACUGACCUCUCUGCUUACAGGAAAUGAUGCCUCAAAGACUUCUUUUAGAGCUGUUGUGGGAAAGGGUUAUCAGACAUUUCAGAGUUUGUUGUUGGAUUUUUGCCAGUGGCAGCCAAGUGAAGGGCUUUUGAGUGCUCUGCUUGACAUGCUUGUUGAUGGAAAGUUUGAUAUCAAAUCGACAUUUGUAAUAAAGAAUGAGGAUGUAAUCUUACUUUUCUCAAGUGUUCUACAGAAGAGCAGUGAUGCAUUGCGGCAUUAUGGGCUUAAUGUACUUCAACAACUGCUAAGAGACUCCAUCUCUAAUCAAGCUUCGUGUGUGAGAGCAGGAAUGCUUAAUUUUCUUCUUGAUUGGUUUGCCCAAGAGGAGGAUGACAGUGUGAUUUUGAAAAUUUCACAACUAAUUCAAGUUAUUGGUGGCCAUAGCAUUUCUGGGAAGGACAUACGGAAAAUUUUUGCCCUUCUUCGUGGUGACAAAAUUGGGUCAAGGCAACAGUACUGCUCAUUGCUGUUGAUCAGCAUUCAAUCUGUUCUUAAUGAAAAAGGGCCCACUGCCUUUUUCGAUCUCAGUGGGAAUGAAUCUGGAAUUGUGAUAAGAACACCUGUGCAAUGGCCUCAUAACAAGGGAUUUUCCUUUUCUUGUUGGGUCAGACUAGAAAACUUCCCCAGAACAGGAACUAUGGGUUUCUUUAGUUUUCUUACAGAAAAUGGGAGAGGGUGCUUUGCUGCGCUUGGAAGAGACAAGAUGGUUUAUGAGUCUAUCAACCAAAAACGACAGUGUGUUGCAUUGCAUCUGAACCUUGUGCGAAAGAAAUGGCAUUUUCUUUGUGUAACUCAUAGCAUCAGGAGAGCAUUUUCUGGCGGAAGCAUACUGCGAUGUUAUCUUGAUGGUGAUCUUGUAUCAUCUGAGAAAUGCAGGUAUCCAAAACUUAGUGAAGCUUUAACACGUUGUUCAAUCGGAGCAAAAAUAAGUCCAGCUAUGUAUGAAGAAGAGAACCCGCUGUUCUCUGUCAGAGAUUGUUCUCCUUUUCUUGGACAGAUUGGUCCAGUUUAUAUAUUUGGUGAUACUAUUUCUUCUGAGCAAAUCUUAGGCAUUUAUUCUCUAGGACCAAGUUAUAUGUAUUCAUUCCUUGAUAAUGUAGUUGCACUUUCUUCUGGUUACCCUUUGCCCAAUGGAAUCCUUGAUCCAAAGGAUGGUCUUGCAUCCAGAAUCAUUUUUGGUCUCAAUGCACAGGCCAGUGAUGGCAGGAAUUUAUUUAAUGUUUCACCACUGCUGGAUCAUGCACUGGACAAGAACUCAUUUGAAGCUGCAGUUAUGGCUGGAACACAGUUAUGUUCUCGUCGCUUGUUGCAACAGAUAAUUUACUGUGUGGGGGGUGUCUCAGUAUUUUUUCCUCUUUUGACUCAGUUUGAUAGAUUUAAAGAUUCUGAAGGUGAACAAACUGAUGAGACAAUUCUUAGAUCUAUCACUAGGAAUUGUAUUGCAGCUGAAGUUAUUAAGCUUAUAUCUUCUUUCCUGGAUGAGGAUAUAGCAAAUCAGCAACAAAUGCAUCAUGUUUCUGGAUUUUCCAUUCUGGGAUUUUUAUUGCAGUCAGUUCCACCCCAGCAGCUUAAUUUGGAUACCCUGACAGCUUUGAAACAUAUGUUUAAUACUGUGGCCAAUUGUGGCUUGUCAGAGCUGCUGGUGAGAGAUGCUAUAUUGAGCAUUUUUCUUAAUCCUCUCAUCUGGGUUUAUACAGUUUACAAAGUUCAGCGCGAACUGUAUUUGUUCCUUACACAGCAACUUGACAAUGAUCCAAGACUGCUAACAAAUCUGUGUCAGCUUCCACGUGUUAUUGAUAUUAUAUGUCAGUUUUACUGGGACAAUCCAAAAUCUCCCUCUGCUUUUGGCAGCACUCUUUUGCAUCCUAUCAAUAAACAAAUAAUUGGAGAGAGACCGAUACGAGAAGAAAUUCAUAAAAUCCGUCUUGUUCUAUUAAGUCUUGGUGAAAUGAGUCUCAGGCAGAACAUUGCAGCAUCGGAUAUAGAAGCAUUGAUAGCUUUCUUUGAGAGAAGUCAAGAUAUGGCAUGUGUCGAGGAUGUGUUACAUAUGGUUAUUCGUGCUGUUUCUCAAAAGCCAUUACUUGCUUCUUUUCUGGAACAAGUUAAUUUUCUUGGUGGCUGUCACAUUUUUGUUAAUCUCCUUCAAAGGGAAUCUGAACCAAUCAGAUUGCUCGGUUUGCAAUUUCUCGGAAGAAUUUUGGUUGGCCUCCCAUCUGAGAAGAAGGAACCCAAAUUUUUCAAUCUUGGAGUCGGAAGAUCCAGAUCACUUUCAGAAAGCCAUAGGAAGAUCCUUACAAGGCCGCAACCAAUUUUUUCUGCAAUAUCUGAUAGACUGUUCAAGUUUCCACGAACAGAUCUUUUGUGUGCCACCUUGUUUGAUGUUCUUCUUGGGGGUGCUAGCCCAAAACAGGUCUUGCAGAAGCAUAAUCAAGCUGACAAGCAGAGGAGCAAGGGAAACAAUUCCCACUUCUUCCUUCCUCAGAUGUUGGUGCUCAUUUUCAGAUUUCUGUCAGGCUCUAAGGACACAUCUGCAAGAGUGAAAAUAUUGAGGGAUUUGCUUAAUCUUCUUGAUUCAAAUCCUUCCAAUAUUGAAGCUCUGAUGGAAAAUGGCUGGAAUUGCUGGCUAGCAACAUCUACAAAGCUUGAAGUGCUUAAAAAUUACAAAGCUGUGUCAAGGGAUCAAAGUGACAGUAAGACAAACGAACAGUAUCUUGUGAGGAACUUAUUUUCUAUUGUUCUUUGUCACUAUAUGCAAUCUGUGAAAGGUGGCUGGCAGCAUUUAGAAGACACAUUGAAUUUCUUACUCGUUCAGUGGGAACAAGGUGACAUCUCAGGUCGGGACUUACUUCGUGAUAUCUUUAAGGAUCUAGUUGGGAGACUUGUAGAACUAUCCUCUGACGACAACGUUUUUGUGUCACAACCAUUUCGUGACAAUACACUCUACCUCUUGAGACUGGUCGAUGAGAUGCUUAUUGCAGAAAUUGGUCAUAAACUUCCGUAUCCUGGAAGUAGCUCAGAUAUUUCCCCUGAUUUGGAAUUAGAAAGUCAGUAUGAUCUCAGCUCUACUUUAUCUGAGACCUCUCAAGGAGAAAAAAAUGAUAGACUUCCUAGAAACACGCCACUCCAUAACCAGCCUUUGUUGAAUGAAGAUGAUGCAAUUGAUGAUGAGUGGUGGAAUUUAUAUGACAAGCUGUGGAUUAUUGUUAGUGAGAUAAAUGGGAAGGGGCCAAGCAAGAUUCUAGCCAAACACUUGGCAAUAAUAGGCCCAUCUCUUGGCCAAAGAGCUCGUGGCUUAGUAGAAUCAUUAAAUAUCCCAGCUGCUGAAAUGGCUGCUGUUGUUGUAUCAGGAGGAAUUGGAAAUGCUUUGGGUGGAAAACCUAGUAAAAGUGUUGAUAAGGCUAUGCUAUUAAGAGGGGAAAAAUGCCCUAGAAUUGUUUUUCGGCUUGUAAUCUUGUAUCUGUGUAAAGCUGGUCUAGAAAGAGCAUCAAAAUGUGUUCAACAGGUCAUUCCACUGCUUCCCUGUCUUCUGGCUGCUGAUGAUGAGCAAAGCAAGAGUAGACUGCAGCUCUUUAUAUGGUCCUUGCUUACCAUUAGACUGCGAUAUGGAAUGCUGGAUAAUGGGGCCCGUUUUCAUGUAAUAUCACAGUUGAUACGAGAAACAAUUAACUGUGGGAAAUCCAUGCUUGCUACUGGCAUUGUGGGAAAAGACGAUUCAUCAGAUUCGAGCGGCAAUGUCAAGAAAGCAAGCACCAUUCACAAUUUAAUUCAAAAAGAGAGAGUUCUUGCCAUGAUUGCUGAUGAGGCGAAGUAUAUUAGCACUUCAAAAGCCGACCGUGCCAAACAAUUGCAUGAGCUGAGGUUGAGGAUGGAUGAGAUCUCCUCUGCUGAAUCGAACCAGAAAAGAGCCUUUGAAGAUGAGCUACAAAGUAGCUUAAGCACCAUUCUUGCUUUUGAUGAUGGCAGACGAGCUGCUUUUCAGCUUGCUCACGAUGAGGAUCAGCAAAUUGUCGCCCAAAAAUGGAUCCACAUGUUUCGUGCUUUGAUCGAUGAAAGAGGCCCAUGGUCAGCAAAUCCUUUUCCAAAUAGUACCAUCACACAUUGGAAACUUGACAAGACAGAAGAUAUGUGGAGACGUAGACCAAAAUUAAGACGAAAUUACCGUUUUGAUGAAAAGUUGUGUCGUCCUCCAGCCACUGCCGCCAGCAAUGAUGCUUGUUGUCCUGUCAGUGAAAGCAAAACUGGUUUAGUGAGCCAUAUUCCUGAGAAAAUGAAACGCCUUAUAUUGAAAGGACUGCGUAGGAUUACUGAUGAAGGAAGCAUGGAGACUAGCGAAAAUGAUACAGAGCUGAAUGAGACCAAAAUCUUUGUCACUGAGGAAACUGCAGACCGGUGUCCAGAGCUUGCAAAAGAAGGCCAGGACCAGAAGGAUAUUGUUCAAGAUAGAAAAGAUACUUCCUCCAGUACAGCAGAGACAGAAAUUAGUGAGGUGCUUCUAUCUGUUCCCUGUGUUCUUGUCACACCAAAAAGAAAACUUGCUGGGUAUUUAGCAGUUAUGAAAAGUGUCCUGCACUUCUUUGGGGAAUUUUUGGUGGAAGGAACUGGAAGAUCAUCUGUCUUUAACAGCUUUCAUGUCUUGAGCAGUUCAGACUCUACCAAACCUGAUCAGUUGGGAGGAGUCCAGAAGCAGAGGUUAUCAAAGUGGCCCUUAAAUUCUGAUGUGGAUCUUGAGAAAGGAAAUGUCAUUGAUAACACAGACAUAGCAAAUGCAAAUGCAAAUGCACUUCAAAAACAACCAAAACAAAUUAAACGCCAUCGAAGAUGGAAUGUCUGCAAGAUCAAAGCUGUUCAUUGGACUCGCUAUUUGCUGAGAUAUACUGCAAUAGAGGUUUUCUUCAAUGAUUCAGUUGCCCCCAUAUUUUUGAAUUUUGCUUCAACCAAGGUUGCAAAAGAUGUCGGGAUGUUGAUAGUUUCCGCUAGAAACGAAUCAUUGUUCCCAAAGGGAAGUGCACGGGACAAAAAUGAAAUUAUUUCAUUUGUAGAUAGACGUGUUGCAAUUGAUCUAGCAGAAACCGCAAAAGACUGCUGGAGAAGAAGAAAUAUAUCCAACUUUGAAUACUUAAUGAUACUCAAUACACUUGCAGGCAGAUCCUAUAAUGAUUUCACUCAAUAUCCUGUCUUCCCUUGGGUUUUGGCUGAUUAUUCCUCUGAGAAACUUGACUUUAACAAAUCUUCGACUUUCCGGGACCUUUCAAAACCUGUUGGGGCUUUGGAUUCAAAAAGGUUUGAGGUUUUUGAGGAUAGAUAUCGUAACUUCUGUGAUCCUGAUAUUCCUAGUUUCUACUAUGGGUCCCAUUAUUCAAGCAUGGGGAUUGUGCUUUUCUAUCUACUUAGAUUAGAGCCUUUCACAACCCUGCAUCGUAAUUUGCAGGGUGGUAAAGUUGACCAUGCAGAUCGCCUUUUCCAAAGCAUCAAGAACACAUACCAGAACUGCCUUUCCAAUACAAGUGAUGUGAAGGAGUUAAUACCUGAAUUCUUUUACAUGCCAGAGUUUCUUGUGAAUUCAAACUCAUAUCAUCUGGGGGUGAAACAAGAUGGAGAACCUAUAGGAGAUGUUUGUCUUCCUCCUUGGGCCAAGGGAUCUCCUGAAGAAUUCAUAAACAGAAAUCGAGAAGCUCUAGAAAGUGAAUAUGUCAGCUCUAAUCUCCAUCAUUGGAUUGAUUUGGUAUUUGGCUACAAGCAGCGUGGAAAACCUGCAGUGGAGGCAGCAAAUAUCUUUUAUUACUUGACUUAUGAAGGUGCUGUUGAUCUGGAUACGAUGGAAGAUGAAUGGCAAAGAUCUGCCAUCGAAGAUCAGAUUGCAAAUUUUGGACAGACACCAAUUCAGAUUUUUCGUAAAAAACACCCCAGAAGAAGCCCUCCAAUUCCUAUUGCUCAUCCUUUAUAUUUUGCUCCUGAUUCAAUAAAUUUGACUUCCAUGAUUUCUAGUAUGACUUAUCCUUCGUCUGCUGUAUUAUUUGUUGGUAUAUUAGACUCGAACAUUGUCCUUGUGAACCAGGGGCUCACCCUAUCAGUCAAGAUGUGGUUGACCACCCAACUUCAAUCUGGCGGAAACUUUACCUUCACUGGCUCACAGGAUCCUUUUUUUGGAAUUGGUUCUGAUGUUCUUUCCUCUCGUAAAAUUGGUAGUCCAUUGGCUGAAAAUAUCGAGCUCGGAACACAAUGCUUUGCUACAAUGCAAACUCCAUCUGAAAAAUUUUUGAUUUCAUGUGGCAAUUGGGAAAAUAGCUUCCAAGUCAUAUCCCUUAAUGAUGGAAGAAUGGUUCAGAGUAUCCGGCGGCACAAAGAUGUGGUCAGCUGUGUUGCAGUGACAUCUGAUGGAAGCAUCCUUGCUACCGGAAGUCAUGACACAACAGUCAUGGUGUGGGAGGUUUACCGCUUCCGAGCAACAGAGAAGAGAGCUCGAUAUGGACAAACAGAGCUUCCUAGAAAAGACCAUAUCAUUGUUGAAACUCCUUUCCAUAUACUAUGUGGCCAUGAUGAUGUAAUCACUUGUUUAUUUGUCAGUACAGAGCUUGAUAUAGUUAUCAGCGGGUCGAAAGAUGGAACAUGUGUUUUCCAUACCUUACGAGAGGGAAGAUAUGUAAGGUCUCUUCAGCAUCCAUCCGGCAGUGCCUUGUCAAAGCUGGUUGCAUCUAGGCAUGGACAGAUUGUAUUUUAUGCAGAUGAUGAUCUCAGUCUGCACCUAUAUUCUAUUAACGGAAAAUACAUCUCCACCUCUGCAUCCAAUGGGCGUCUCAACUGUGUUGAACUCAGCAGUUGUGGUGAAUUCUUGGUUUCUGCAGGCGACCAAGGACAGAUAGUUGUAAGGUCGAUGAAAUCACUUGAGGUUGUGAGAAGGUAUGAUGGAGUUGGGAGGAUUAUAACAUCUCUAACAGUUACACCAGAAGAGUGCUUCUUAGCUGGGACCAAGGAUGGAAGCCUUCUUGUAUAUUCUAUAGAAAACCACCAGCUUCGGAAACAUAGUAAUCCUCGAAAUGUGAAAUCCAAGGCUUCUGGAACAGGGUAAAUGCACAAUUCCAAACUGCACCUCUCGAUACACGACGUUAGUGCUGGCCAUUGAUGUUAACCUGAGGUAACUUUUUCUCUUCUAUGCUUUGUCGGCCUUCUAUAUUAUUUGUCACGGUUUGUUCUUUGUUAUUUUCCUUAAGGGAGAGG